GAAAGAGGGAAACCGAGGUCCCGCGAGAGCGGAACUCGGCGUUUAGUGCGCAGGUGCCAAGAAGCUGGCUGAGGCUCGGGCCGGGGCGGGCUUGAAGACUCGUCGUUUGGUUUUGGACACAGUGACAGAGCUAUCUGAGUUCAACCGCGGGGCGAAAAGCUUUUGUGAGGGUCCCGGCCAAGAAUAAGGCCCGCGAGAUUCCCAAUGGUGUCCAUGACUUUCAAGCGGAGCCGCAGCGACCGGUUCUACAGCACCCGGUGCUGCGGCUGUUGCCAUGUCCGCACCGGGACGAUUAUCUUGGGGACCUGGUACAUGGUGGUAAACCUGUUGAUGGCAAUUUUGCUGACUGUGGAGGUAACACAUCCAAACUCAGUGCCUGCCGUCAACAUUCAGUAUGAAGUCAUUGGCAAUUACUAUUCGUCUGAGAGAAUGGCUGAUAAUGCCUGCGUUCUUUUUGCCGUCUCUGUUCUUAUGUUUAUAAUCAGUUCAAUGCUGGUAUAUGGAGCAAUUUCUUAUCAAGUGGGUUGGCUUAUUCCAUUCUUCUGUUACCGCCUUUUUGACUUCGUUCUCAGUUGCCUGGUUGCUAUCAGUUCUCUCACUUAUUUGCCAAGAAUCAAAGAAUAUCUGGAUCAAUUACCUGAUUUUCCCUAUAAAGAUGACCUCCUGGCAUUGGACUCCAGCUGCCUCCUGUUCAUUGUUCUUGUGUUCUUUGCCUUAUUCAUCAUUUUUAAGGCUUAUCUAAUCAACUGUGUUUGGAACUGCUAUAAAUAUAUCAACAACAGAAACACACCAGAGAUUGCUGUGUACCCUGCCUUUGAAGCACCUCCACAGUAUGUUUUGCCAACCUAUGAAAUGGCAGUGAAGAUGCCUGAAAAAGAACCACCACCUCCUUACAUACCCGCCUGAAGAAGGUCUGCCUUUGUCAAUAAACCCUAUACCAGCUUUUUGUCUUGUUUAUUUUACAGAAUGCUACAAUACAGGGCUUUUUAAACUUGUUUGAUAUAAACUACAUUUUCCUUUGUUUAAGCAUUUAUUUUCAAACACUAACAAGCUUUUUGGACAUCUAUUAAAAGUCAGUUUUUUAAAAAUAUUAUAGUUUAGUAGUUUUUGAAGACAAUCUAGGUUAAGCAAGAUCAAAGUGCCAUUGUUUGCCUUUAAUUGGGGGGUGGGAAUGGGGUAUUCUCUACACAUUUUCUUUUUUAACUGCACUUUCUUUAUAUAAUAGUUUGUGUUUGGGUUAUUUGCUGCCCUGGAUACAUUCAGGAAGGCUGAAUUAAAUAUUCAGGGAGAGUGAGUUGGGUGUAAGAUCUGAAGUUUUCAGCUGUGAAAACAGGAAAAAUAUAUAACAUUUUAAUUUGACUGUGGAAGAUGACGGUUGCAUGUUUCUAAUUUGUAUGUUUCCAUCUUUGUGAUAAGAGGCUUCAAUAAAUCUCUUAAAAUAUA